AUGGCUAUAUAUAAACAUUUGCGGCGCGAUAACUCGCAGAUCAGACUUGUGCGUGUGCUUCCGCCUUCACAACAUGACACCCGCCUUUCUCUCGACCUCCGCCACGGCUACAUCGAAGAUGGAACCUACUCAGCACUCUCAUAUGUUUGGGGCGAUGCAUCUGAGCAGGAAUACAUUCUUAAGAAUCUUGAUGAGAAGAGCUAUCAAGUCGGGUUGAUGAGGGCAAUCUUCAGCAGUGCGUCUCAAGUAUACUCAUGGCUAGGCGAAGGCACACCUGGUCCCGAUGUCGCGAUGGACUUCUGUGCUCGUAUCGGAUCGAAGGCUGCCAAGGUUGGAAUCGAUCAAUGCGAUGGUGCCGACCUUCACUGCUUCCUCCAGGACCUAUUUGACUAUCAUCCACAUGCUUUCCGCUUUCAUUUGAAACGCGAAGAAACUCGAUCAAUCGGUGCUCGGCCCGAAUUGGCUGCCUUUUUUACCGGUCUCACACAGGAACCUUACCUCAAAGGGCCGCCUUACAAUGGAGUUCAUUCGCCCAUUGUACUUCGUCAACGUCGUGAAGGAGGUUUCACCUUUGCGGGAGAUGCGUAUGUAGAUGGAAUCAUGCAGGGAGAAUUCUUCCAUACACUCCCAAAUGAGCAGGAGUUCGUUAUAUACUGA